AUGUCCGAAUCAGAAAGAUCAUUUUCAACUUGCCUUGUCACUGACCGAUUGAACGCAAGAGGAACAUUUCUUCGUUCAACAAUUGAUGAUGAAUAUGCAAAUGCGGCUGAUAGAAAUCCUAAGAUUUUGCUUACCACAUCGCGCAAUCCCAGUGCUCCUCUUACACAGAGGUUGAAAGGUGGCGGUGGCGAUGGAACACUCGUAGUUGGUGGUAGUGAGUGGGAAUUGUGGUGGCAGUAUAGGUUGAAGGUGGUGAUUUUUGAUAGGAUCUCGCCAGAGAAGAAGAUACAUAACCAUUUCCAUCAUGACGGCUGA